AUGACCAACGAUUGCUCAACUUUGGGCAACGCCACUCCCAUUGACGAGUCUGUAGUUAAAAGCAAGAAACGAUGGGACGUCCAGCCGUCUGCUUUUUCCAAACUUUGCUCGAACCCGAUUCGGGAAAUUGUUGAUAACAUCAAGAAACCUGCAACUUCCACCAAGAAGUUGAUCCCGCUGUCGCUUGGUGACCCGACGGUAUUUGGCAAUUUGCACUGCCCGGAUGUACUGGUCGAGGCAAUUGUCCGUAACACUCGAUCGAUGCAACACAAUGGCUACAUUCACUCGGCUGGUUCCGAGGCAGCACGUACUGCUAUCGCCGAGCACUUUGGUAAACCAGAAGCCCCAUUAACGAUGGACGAUGUCAUCAUCACUAGCGGGUGCUCCGGAGCAAUUGAGAUUGCUCUCCAGGGUUUGUUGAACCCUGGGGACAAUAUCCUCCUUCCAACCCCGGGGUUCCCAUUGUAUCGAGCACUUUGUGCAGCGUACAAGAUCGAGUGCAGGUUCUAUACCCUCAAACCGGAGAGUAACUGGGAAGUGGAUCUGGAGCACAUGCAAGCCUUGGUUGAUGAUCAAACCAAGGCUAUUUUGGUGAACAACCCUUCGAACCCGUGUGGCAGUGUCUUCUCAAAGUCCCAUUCGGAAAAGAUUCUGGAGAUAGCGGAGCUGAACAAGAUCCCCAUCAUCACGGAUGAAAUCUAUGGUGACAUGGUGUUUGGCCACAACUCGUUCUUUCCCAUGGCGACACUGACGACAACAGUCCCGGUAGUUGCUGUGGGGGGUUUAGCAAAGCAGUUUUUGAUCCCUGGUUGGCGGGUCGGCUGGAUCACGGUGCACGAUCGCAACAACGUGUUGGACGACGUGCGUACCGCUUACUUCAAGUUGUCGCAAAACAUUCUCGGGGCAAACUCACUCGUUCAGAGUGCGAUUCCAGAUCUACUUACACCUGUUCCUGGAAGUGUCGAAGAACAGUCGUUGGCAGCAUUCAAGAAGCGCUUUUUCGCGACUUUGCAUGACAAUGCCAAGUAUACGAUCGACGCGCUCUCGAAGAUACCGGGCCUGGAGGUGGUCGUCCCUCAGGGUGCGAUGUACGCCAUGGUAAAGAUACAAACUGACGUUUUGACCAAGAUCAAAGACGAUCUCGACUUUACGCAGAAACUGUUGGAUGAAGAAUCCGUGUUUGUGUUACCCGGACAGUGCUUUGGGAUGACUGCUUACUUUCGCAUUGUGUUCUCAGCACCCCAUGAAGUGCUGGCCGACGCUUACACUCGCCUCGAAGAUUUCUGCCAUCGUCAUCAGUGA